AUGGAAAAUGAGGUGAAGGUCAUGGAGAAAUCAUUGAAAAUCAUUGGUGAAAAAGUGUAUGAACCCUUGUCUGUGGCCAGUCCCAUGGUUCCAGGUGGCAUAAGAAAUAUCCAUGAGGGCAAAGUAGCGGGGCAGAUGGGGAACGCAGCCAACCACCACUCAGACAGACAUGGCCCUGAGGACUAUAUGAACAUUGUACUGGCCAAUGAGGAGGGUGACUCGGCCAUGAGGAAUCCUUCUUUCUCUCUGAGGUCUCCACAGUCUGACUGCUCCCCAGCAGGGAGUGAAGGGACGCCAAAACCAGGUUCUCGUCCUCCACUGAUUCUACAGUUACCACCUCCCUAUGCCUCACCAAGAGAGGGAGGACUUGACCAGAAACAGCUGCUCCAGCAAAGGAAGAAAGGCCCAGCAGUGAAAGAGGAGAAAGAUAUGUACGACAUUGUAAGCUCUCCAAACAACGACUCGACAAAACUUACCCUCAAGCUGUCCAGGGUCAAGUCAAAUGAGUCCGAUUCAGCAGGUGAUGUUCUGCCAGGGAUGGACGAGAACUCUGACAAUAUGGAGGCAGAACUGGGCUUUCAGCAGGUGCCUGUGCUCCAGCAGAAUCUUGGAGCUCGGUUGCAUCAUGCAGGUAGUGCCAGUGGUCUCCAGCCUCCCAGUUCUCCGUACGACGAGGCAGAGCUGGAUGCCCUCGCUGAAAUUGAAAGGAUAGAACGAGAAGCGGCUAGUGAGAAGUGUUCCAAGGAGGUGCAAGAUAAAGACAAGCCACUGAAGAAGAGGAAACAGGACUCUUUUCCCCUGGAGCCAGGUGCGGGGGGACCAGGAGGACCAACGGGGGCCCCGGGCAGUGGAUCAACAGGAGGGGGCAAUGCUGGCAAACUGACCCCACAAGAGGCCACUGCAGCUGGGAACGGUGCCAGCCGACCGCCCCUCAUGGUGAGCAUCGAGCUACAGCAGGCAGGCCGAGCUGAUGGGCAGCUCGACCCCUGUCCAGCUGCCCCUAUUCCAGCCCUAGAGGCCCAACGCUGGCCUGAAGAACCAGCUAGUGGGCCGGCAGCAGUGGAGGGUUCUGACACGGCUUUACGGUUGAAACCAGAUGGAAGGCCGGAAGUAAUAAAGAACAGGGUCGAUAAACACGACAGCAGGAGAGAUGGUCGGGAUUCAUCAAAACACAGACUCGAUGAGAAGUCCUCUGAGAGACGGGGAGAUAUGCCAAAGUCAUCACACCGAGGGGAACUCGGUCGAGACAGGGACAGAGAGUCUGACAGAGAUAGGAGGCAUCGGAGCGAGACUGGUGGUCGUGACCGACGCUCACCUGACCCUCGGUGCCGAAGUGACCGAGAUAGGUACCGAGCUUCUUCUACUGGAGAGCCUGGUCGAAGCGGCAACAGGCAAGAUGGUUCCAACCCGGCCUCAUCCGCCUCUGGUGCUAAACUGCCAGAUGCAUUCCCUGCUCAGCUACUGGGAGGGCAUAGUGGCGCUCUGAAGAACUUCCAGAUCCCUAAGAUCAACCGUGAAAAGGAUGGCAGUGGCUCCAUUGAAAGUCCAAUGUGGGUACAGCCCAAGGUUAAACUGGAGAGGCUUGGAUUGGUGCAGGACUUUGAGAAGAGGCCCAAGCCUGUAGUGGUUCUGAAAAAGCUCUCCGUCGACCAAAUCCAGAGGAUCAUCCGACACAGCAAGUCUGGGAAAAACAGGAGCUCCUCAGCAAAAUCUGUCACGGGUGGCAUGGAUCCAUCAGUUCUCAGGGAUCUUCCCCCAGAGCUGCUGGCAGAGAUCGAGUCAACGAUGCCCCUGUGUGAGCGGGUGAAGGUGAACAAGAGGAAACGAAGCACUGUAAAUGACAAGCCCAAAUAUGCUGAGGUCAGCUCAGAUGACGACUUUGACGCAAAUGGAGAGUCUGCAAGGAAGCGCCAGCGCCAAGAAAAAGACCGGUCCUGGGAUACGGAAGAACGGGAGCGCCGGGGUUCGGGCGAACAUCGGAAAAUUGUGUCGCGGGACAGCCGACGGGGCUCAGGGAGCCGCUAUCGAGACUCAUCUGACGAACAUUCACCGCCACCAAGCAUAAGUGAAGUCGCCAGAAAAAUGAAGAUUAAGGAGAAGCAGAAGAAACGGAAAGCAUACGAACCCAAGCUGACCCAUGAAGAAUUAAUGGACUCGUCCACAUUCAAGAGGUUCUUAAAUAGCAUUGACAACAUACUGGAGAAUCUUGAGGAUGUGGAUUUCACUGCCAUGGCAGAAGCAGAUGAUGAUGAGAUACCUCAAGAAUUUCUGCUCGGGAAACACCAGUUGAAUGAGCUGGGCAGCGAGUCCGCCAAGAUUAAAGCCAUGGGCAUCUCCGGCAAGAUCCCAACAGAAAAGCUGGUGAAGCUGCUGAACAUACUGGAGAAGAAUAUCCUGGAUGGGUCCAAGCUCUCCACCAUGAUGACCCAUGACAACGAUGCUGAAGAUGAGGAAAAACUCUGGCGGGACCUGAUAAUGGAGAGAGUCACAAAGUCAGCAGACGCGUGUCUCACAGCUCUAAACAUCAUGACCUCAGCGCACAUGCCCAAAGCGGUCUACAUAGAAGACGUGAUAGAGCGGGUGCUACAAUACACCAAGUUCCAUCUGCAGAACACACUGUACCCCCAAUACGACCCGGUCUACAGGGUGGACCCUCAUGGAGGUGGCCUGUUGAGCUCCAAGGCAAAGCGGGCAAAGUGCUCCACACACAAGCAGCGAGUGAUUGUCAUGUUGUACAACAAAGUGUGCGACAUUGUCAGCAACAUCUCUGAGCUCCUCGAAAUCCAGCUGCUCACAGACACCACCAUCCUCCAGGUUUCUUCUAUGGGAAUCACUCCUUUCUUUGUGGAGAAUGUCAGUGAGCUGCAGCUGUGUGCCAUUAAACUCGUUACAGCUGUGUUCUCACGAUACGAGAAGCAUCGGCAGCUGAUCUUGGAGGAAAUCUUUACCUCUUUGGCCAGACUGCCCACCAGCAAACGCUCCCUCAGGAACUUCCGGCUGAACAGCUCAGACCAGGAUGGAGAGCCUCUGUACAUCCAGAUGGUGACUGCUCUGGUGCUGCAGCUGAUUCAGUGCGUGGUCCACCUCCCCAACGACAAGGAUUUCUACGACGAGUACGAGGGCAAGGUGGAUCAAGAUGUGUUGAUAACCAACUCGUAUGAGACGGCAAUGAGAACAGCACAAAACUUCCUCUCCGUCUUUCUCAAAAAGUGUGGCAGUAAGCAGGGAGAAGAAGAUUACCGGCCUUUGUUUGAGAACUUUGUCCAGGACCUGUUAUCGACUGUAAACAAACCAGAGUGGCCGGCUGCAGAGCUGCUGCUCAGUUUGCUUGGCAGACUACUGGUACACCAGUUCAGUAACAAGCAGACAGAGAUGGCUCUGAGAGUAGCGUCUCUGGACUACCUGGGCACAGUGGCUGCCCGCCUGAGGAAGGACGCGGUCACCAGCAAAAUGGACCAGAGAUCAAUUGAUCGAAUAUUGAAAGAGUCUCAAGGUAAUGAUGAGACCCAGCAGCUGCAGAAGGCUCUCCUGGACUACAUGGAGGAAAAUGCUGAGACUGAUGCCUCACUGGUGUUUGCUAGAAAGUUCUACAUUGCCCAGUGGUUCCGGGACACCACGACAGAGGCUGAGAAGUCCAUGAGGAACCAGAACCCGAAGGAUGAAGACUCAUCGGACGGACCGCAACAUGCCAAGGAGAUAGAAACGACCGGGGAAAUUAUGCAACGUGCUGAGAAGCGCAAGAAGUUUUUGCGCAACAUCAUCAAGGCCACGCCAGCUCACUUUGCCACACUGAAAAUGAACUCUGACACUGUGGACUAUGAGGACUCCUGUCUGAUUGUGCGUUAUUUGGCCUCCAUGAGGCCGUUCGCCCAUAGCUUUGAUAUUUAUUUAACACAGAUUCUGCGAGUCCUUGGGGAAAGUGCCAUCGCCGUAAGGACUAAAGCCAUGAAAUGUCUGUCCGAGGUUGUGGCUGUGGACCCCAGCAUACUGGCAAGGUCCGACAUGCAGCGGGGCGUCCACGGCCGUUUGAUGGACAACUCUACCAGUGUGAGAGAGGCAGCUGUGGAGCUGCUGGGCAAGUUUGUGCUCAGCAGACCCCAACUCACUGAGCAGUACUAUGACAUGCUCACAGAGAGGAUACUGGACACUGGUAUCAGCGUAAGAAAGCGAGUGAUCAAGAUCCUCAGAGACAUCUGCCUGGAGCAGCCCACCUUCAGUAAGAUCACUGAGAUGUGUGUGAGGAUGAUCCGCAGGGUCAAUGACGAGGAAGGAAUCAAGAAAUUGGUGAAUGAAACAUUCCAGAAGUUGUGGUUUACUCCGACUCCCGCCAAUGACAAAGUAUCCAUGACCAGAAAGAUCCUCAACAUCACUGAUGUGGUUUCAGCGUGUCGAGACACCGGCUAUGACUGGUUUGAACAGCUUCUUCAGAAUCUUCUAAAGUCUGAAGAGGAUGCAUCGUAUAAACCAGCCAAAAAGGCCUGUGUGCAGCUUGUUGACAAUCUAGUGGAGCACAUCCUCAAAUACGAGGAAUCUCUUUCAGAGAACAAAGGUGUAAACUCAACACGGCUAGUGUCGUGCAUCACCACCUUGUACUUAUUCAGCAAGAUCAGGGCCCAGCUCAUGGUCAAACAUGCCAUGACCAUGCAACCCUACCUGACCACAAAGUGUAACACUGCCAAUGACUUCAUGGUCAUCUGUAACGUGGCCAAGAUCUUGGAGCUUGUGGUUCCUCUGAUGGAGCAUCCCAGUGAGACUUACCUUGCCACCAUCGAAGAAGACCUCAUGAAGCUCAUCAUCAAAUAUGGCAUGACGGUGGUCCAACACUGUGUGAGCUGUCUCGGAGCUGUUGUCAACAAAGUCACGCACAACUAUAAGUUUGUGUGGGCUUGCUUCAACAGAUUCUAUGGUGCACUUAACAAGCUGAAGGUGCAGCAUCACGAGGAUCCCAACAGCACCACGCUGGUAGCAAACAAGCCCUUCCUGCUGCGAUCGCUCUUCACUGUGGGGGCCCUGGCUCGGCACUUUGACUUUGAUCUGGAGGAGUUCAAAGGAACCAACAAAGUUGUUAUCAAGGAGAAAGUUCUUGAGCUGCUGGUUUACUUCACCAAACAUGAAGACGAGGAGGUCAAGACCAAAGCCAUCAUCGGCUUAGGCUUCCUUGUGAUCAUGCAUCCCAGCCAGAUGUUUAUGCCUGAGGUGAAGAAUUUGUACAACGGCAUCCUGGCUGACAGGGCCUCCUCCAUCAACCUCAAAAUCCAGAUCCUUAAAAACCUCCAGACAUAUCUUCAGGAGGAAGACACGCGGAUGCAGUACGCAGACAGAGAUUGGAAGAAACUGUCCAAACAGGAGGAUCUGAAGGAGAUGGGAGACAUCUCAUCAGGGAUGAGCAGCUCCAUCAUGCAGCUUUAUCUGAAACAGGUGUUGGAGGCGUUCUUCCACACGCAGUCCAGUGUACGGCACUUUGCUCUCAACGUCAUCGCUCUCACACUCAACCAGGGUCUCAUCCAUCCUGUACAGUGUGUACCCUACCUCAUUGCAAUGGGAACAGACCCAGAGAGCAGCAUGAGGAUCAAAUCUGACCAGCAGCUGGUGGAGAUUGACAAGAAGUACACGGGAUUCAUCCAUAUGAAGGCAGUUGCUGGGAUGAAGAUGUCGUACAUCUUGCAGCAGGCCAUCGAAUCGUCUCGCAGGAACAUCAUCAGAGGAUUCAGACAGGAGGAGACGACCUCCGCUCUCUGCGCCCACCUCUUCUCUAUGAUCCGGGGGAACCGGCAGCACCGGAGGGCUUUCCUCAUCUCGCUGCUGAACCUCUUCGAUGACAGUUCUAGGACGGAAGUGAACAUGCUGCUGUUUGUAGCAGACAACCUGGCCUGUUUCCCAUACCAGAGCCAGGAGGAGCCUCUCUUCAUUAUGCACCACAUAAGGAGGAGGAAAAGAUUCAUUGAGAUUCUCCCAGGCAAUGAGGAAGGAAAAAAUGAAAAGGAAGAUGUGGUACGGCGGCCUAAAAAGGCCCAAAAACCUGUUCCAGAGUCGGAGAGCUCAGAGUCCGAUCUGGAGGAUUUGGAUUUGGAGGAUGUGGAAAAAGUGAUGAGGCUCCUCCCAGACAAUCCCACAGGUCUCUUGGACUUUGCUAACUCUGUUCAGGGCAUCUUGUUGCUUCUGGUGCUCAAACAGCAUCUGAAGAACCAAUAUGGAUUCUCUGAUGGCAAAAUUCAGAAGUACUCUCCAACAGAGUCAGCCAAGGUGUACGAUAAGGCGGUGAACAGGAAAAACACUGUUGUCUUCCACCCGCGACAAACCAUCGACUUCAUCUCCAACAACAUGUUUCGUGCCACACUGUCAAACGAUGUCAAGAGGCGAAUUGUCCGACAGUACCUAGAUUUCAAGGUUCUGAUGGAACAUCUGGACCCAGACGAGGAGGAUGAGGAGGGAGAAGCGUCUGCCAGCGCUAACAUCAGAAACAAAGCCAUAAGCGCCCUCCUGGGAGGCUCCGGCCCCAUGUCGGGACCCAGCCCUCGCAACCAGGCUGGACCAGAGACUGAUGACGACUACAGUGAUGGCGACGAAAAGACCCCAGGGUCCUCUCGAAGGUCAAGGCGAGCAGUUGACUCCAUGAACGAGAUAGUGGAGUCCAUGGAUGUGAUUGCUCUUUGCUGUCCGAAAUACAAGGACCGGCCGCAAAUAGCUCGAGUCAUCCAGAAGACCUCCAAUGGAUACCACAUCCACUGGAUGGCCGGCUCCUACUCGGGGCCCUGGGCAGACGCCAAGAAACGCGAUGGCCGCAAACAGGUGCCUUGGGUGGACACUAUUAAGGAGUCGGACAUCAUUUACAAGAAGAUUGCCUUGACCAGCAACCACAAACUGAGCAACAAAGUAGUACAGACUUUACGCUCACUGUAUGCAGCGCGGGAAGGAGGGGCUAGCUAAUGGCUCCCGUGUGAUUUUUUUUUUUUUUUUUUUGUCCCCCUUACCCAUUUCUACUUUAUCAAAAUCCUCCUCUUCCCUGCUCCUCCUCCUCCUCCUCAACCUGCCACCUCCAACAACACAGCCAAACUUCACUGGAUUCCUACCCUGCUCCUCUUCUUCCUCAUUUUUGUAAGAAAGACACAAGAGGGCAAGAAUAUUUGACACUACAUGCUUUUACAUGAGUUAUUCUUGCAGAAAUGAAAAUGACACAAAAGACUUGUUAUAUUAGAGGGACUGCUCACGUUUUGUUUGUGUACAAGUGCAGAGGAUAGGAUCCAGAAGGCAUUAAAGGAAUAAUUAUCCCUUAAAAAGGCUAUUAGAAAAGAGACCUGGAGGGAAAUGUUAUGUCAACAUUGUUGUGGGAGCUCCUUCGCUGUUGUGCAGCAGAUUCUAAUCGCUCAUUUCUACUCCCACUGUAUCAUAGUUUAACACAACAAAAAACUAAAAUGUUUAUAUCUCUGAAGACAAAAAAGCUGUAAAAAAAGAAUAAAACCUUAAGUGAAUGUUGGAAAUUAGUCUUUUUGAUGUUCUUAUUAAAGUGUUUUUGGAGUUUAUUAUACUACUAGCACCCUGAUGGUUUUUUCCUUUUAGCUUUUAGAUAUUUUAUGGAAAACAAGAAAAAAGACCAAAAAAAAUAAGAUUUUUUAUUUUUGUUCACUUUUAUUUGUCCAUGCUGUACAAUGGCAGAGUCCUCUGGACAUAAUUUAUUCUAUUUCGAAAUACGCAUGCAGUAUAUGUGGCCUAUUGCAGGAAGAUAUUUUGUAAAUGUAGAUUUUGUUGUAUUAGGUCACCCUAGUAAUAAGAGGAAAGGGGAUUCAUACCCUUUUGGUGGAACAAUACUGCAAUAAAUUUUUCUACUUCU